AGAUGUUACUUGUUGGAGAGGAAAUGGAAGGCAAUGCCCUGAAAAACAUAUUUACAGGACUAAGAAGACUUUUCUACCUUGUGUCUCCAAAAGAAACUUCUUUUCCAACUGUGGAAAAAGUUCCUAAGUAUGUCGAUGAGGCCAUACCAUAUUUUAUUUGUUUGAUAAUUCUGGAAAUUCCUAUCUUGUACUUGAGAGGAAAGCGUCUGCCACGAUUUAAUGACAGCUUUGGUUCUUUGGCGAAUGGACUUUUGUCUCUAUUGCAUGGAUUGCUGUUUCGUUCGGUGGAGCUGGCCACAUAUAUCUGGGUAUAUGAACACUAUAACCUUAUUGACCUCCCUUGGGACAGUUCCUGGACCUGGUUACUAGGCUUCCUAGGUGUAGACCUUGGAUAUUACUGGGUACAUCGAUGUGGUCACGAAGUGAAUAUAAUAUGGGCUGCCCACCAAACCCACCACAGCUCCGAGGACUAUAACUUCACCACUGCCCUCCGUCAGUCAUGUAUCCUCCGCUAUAUAUCAUGGAUGUUCUACCUUCCGUUAGCCUUGAUCAUGCCGCCUUCCGUAUUCUUGGUUCACUCCCAGUUCAACUUGCUGUAUCAGUUCUGGAUACACACAGAGACAGUGGACAACCUUGGACCACUGGAGUGGAUUCUAAAUACACCUAGUCAUCAUAGGGUUCAUCACGGCAGAAAUCGAUACUGUAUCGAUAAAAACUACGGCGGGACUUUGAUAAUAUUUGAUCGAAUAUUUGGAACAUUUGCAAAAGAGCAGGAAGAAGUCGUAUAUGGACUAGUCCACCCUCUUACGUCAUGGGACCCCAUUAACGCGCAGAUCUGUCAUCUAAAAUAUAUGUGGAGUGUAUUCAAAGAAACAAAGGGGUUUGCAAACAAGCUGGCAGUAAUUUGGAAAGGACCUGGUUGGGCCCCGGGCAAACCUCGAACUGGCCUAACUGAAGAUAUACCAGAUAUCCAUGCUCCACAGGAGAAAUUUGAUAGACGGUUACCAUUAUGGACAAAUCUCUACAUCUGGAUACAUAUGCUUCUAUUGAUUGUUUUUUAUGGUGUCCUCGCCAGAUAUAAAACGGAAUUUUCUCCGUAUCUCACUGUGACAGGUGUGGUAUUUAUUAUUUUUACCUUGUCAACUUUUGGUGCCCUGUAUGAUAACAGAUCCCGAGCUUCAAUCCAGGAGCUUCUUCGAUGCCUUGUCUUUCUGGUGGUUGUAAAGAGUGUUGCUGCGCCUUCUUUCAUCUCCUCUUUACCAGGACUCUCCCUUCUUCUUGUUUACUUAAUGUCCUUGUUUGUGUGGUUCUUUGUGUAAGACAAACUUCUGUCAGAAUUAAAACCAAGACAUCUUAGAGACAGACGAAGAAGACUCACAAAUCGACUGUGAUACAUUGUAAAACCAUCUUUAAAAAAGUGUCUGUUUGACCGACUGACAAAAAUGGCCCAAUUUUUAAAAACCUCCGAUCCAGGAAACGAUUAUUUUUUAUUCAUUCUAGAAUUUCUCAUCCCAUCAACAACUAUAUUAAUUCAAUUUGAAUAAUUUUGAAAAUUAAGCAUUAAUGUUGAAAAUUUCUUUUUAGAUUUUUUUCUUACCUCUUACUUACUUAUUCAAUUUUUCACAUUGAGUCAGGAGAGGGCAAGCAAACAUUUUUUUAAAGAUGGCAAAAUAAACAAUCUAGUUUUCCUAUUUGUUGCUUUCAGGCUUGGGGUAAUGCUAAUUGUAAUGGUAAUGCAUUGCAAUGCAUUACUUAAACUUAACGUAAUGCUAGUAAUGUGUAAUGACAAAAAAUUACAUAUAAUGGUAAUGUAAUGCAUUACUUUCCCAAAUCCAGAGUAAUGCUGUCAUUACAUAGCAUUACAAAGCAUUAUUUUGUAUAUCUAUUUUAAAAAAAUAAAAAUGGACAUGGCAACUAUUGUUUACAUUAAAUAACUUUUUAAAUGAUAGAAAUGAAUGAAAAAAAGUUAACCCAUUUAAAUAAAGUCUCUGUAUCUAUUUAAAUACACUUUAUAUUUAGUUGAAAGUACAAUCACCAUACAUUAAAUGUCAUAUUUAUUGCAGAUAAUAUUUAAUUUCAAAGAAUAUUUAAAAGAGUUUAACAGUAAAUUCCUUUAAAAAUGAAUCUGGUAAGAGAUACACUUCUUAGUGUACUAUGUAAACUGAUAAUUGCCACCUUUUGAAUAGAGUGUCAUCAAAACACACAAUGCCAUUAGGGUUAGAUAACAAUUAAAACAAGAGAGAAGUGCUCCAAAAACCAGCCCCUUUCCCCAGGCUGUGUUUAUGAAACAUUAAUUGAGCUGGUCUAGCUUGAGCUGACCAUGACCAUUCCAUUGCACCAAAAGGAAUAGAAGACAGGCAUUCUACUUUUAGCAGAGCAAAAUGUACAUACUGUCCAACCCUUGUUACAAGUUUACCUAUGCAUUAUUUUUUUCAUAAGGUAUCAGAUCCAAACAAUCUAUUUCUUAUUAAUUUAGAUAGUUUUGGGAAGGGGUUUAAGUGCCCUAAAAGUUAAAUUGCUUUAUGACAUCAAUAUAGUUACACAAAAUGUAAAUAUUGUAUGUUUUUAUCUUAUUGGCAAUUGAAAAGUUUGAACUUCUUAUGAAUAAAAAAAAUAUGUAAAUUAUUUACAGUGUAAUAAAAAUAAGUACUUGAAAUCAAAUUUGAAUAAACAGUCAUCAAGUUAAGUUUUGAACUUAUGGGGUGCAUGUUAAUGAAAAUAGUUGCACAUGUUUUGUAUUUCUAAUUUUGAAAAAACCCAAAAGUAAUGGUAAUGCAUUACUUAAAGAAAUUAGAGUAAUGGUAAUGGUAAUUUAAUGCCCAAAUUCUUGAAGUAAUGGUAAUGUAAUGCAUUACUUUACAAUGUAAUUCACCCCAAGCCUGGUUGCUUUUAUGCAUGCUUCAUUUGUUAUAAUUAUUUUAACGAUUGAAAAUACUACAACUUA